ACCGCCUCAGGCAAGCAGCCAAUCAGGAGACGCGGAGGAAAUGAAGUCACGGUAUCCAUCCGCGCCGUGUGGCCCGUGUCCCUCCGCGCCGCUCUCCCCUCUUUGUACGCAGCUGGCGGUUAGUGUCCGGCGGGUGUGACCGGGGGGAGGGAACCCCGGGGCGGGACCGAGCCUGGGAGCGAACGGGGCUGCGCGGCAGUAGGAGGAGGAUUAAAGGCAGAACUUGCAGCUGAAUUCUCCGUGUCCAGGGAUCAAAUAGAAGAACCAUGGACACGGAUCUGUUUAUGGAAUGUGAGGAGGAGGAGCUGGAACCCUGGCAGAAGCUGAGUGAUGUGAUCGAAGACUCGGCAGUAGAGGAUUAUAGCUACAUGGACAAGAGCUCUUCAGUAUCAGUCAAUCUGCAGCCGGUGGCUCCUCUUCCCGUGGUCACUCAACAGCCCCUGAACAGCCAUUUCUCCACCGCCACCACCAUAACCACCAGCGCUGCGCAGAACAGCGACUCUGCCAAGAAAACCUUGGUGACGCUCUUUGCAAAUAACAGUGGUCAGACGCCAAUUGUGCAGUCGAGCGGGCAGCCCCUUAUACUGACCCAGAAUGCUGGCGCUGGCCUGGGCACGAUGGUCCCUCAGCCGAUGCUGCGCCCAAUGCAAGUCAUGCAGAACGCCAACCACGCCAGCAACUCAUCCGUGGCCACCCAGCCCAUCUUCAUCACUACCCAGGGUUUCCCGGUGCGGAACGUGAGGCCGGUGCAGAACGCCAUGAACACCAUGAAUCAGGUGGGGAUAGUGCUGAACGUGCAGCAGGGCCAGACUGUCAGACCCAUCACUAUCGUGCCAGCGCCAGGCACCCAGUUCAUGAAGCCAGGUGUGGGGGUACCGCAGGUCUUUUCCCAAGUGACCCAGGUCAGACCGGCGCCUUCUGUUCCAGUGCGGCCAGCCACCAACACCUUCACCACCGUCAUCCCGGCCACCCUGACCAUCCGAAGCACAGUACCCCAGUCUAACGCACAACCCAACAAGCCCACGGCAAGCAUGGCCACUACCUCUGCACCCAGCCAGCCCAUCCGACAGAUUGCCAUGCAGCCUCAACAGACCCAGAUCCUGGCAACCAAUCAGAACAGCCAGAGCACGAGCUCCAACCUUGGUAAGCUUGUGAGUAUUGCCAACCUGGUGGCUGUCAAUAAGACCGGGGAGCCCAACGACCUGGUGAAGUUCGUGAAUGCGGUGAGCGGCAAUCAGAGUGCGGUUCUGAACUCCAGCCAGAUUGUCCUGCCCAGCACCACCAGCAGCAGUACCAGUAACAGCAGCAGCACCGUGCAGAGGAUCCUGCCCCCCGAGCCAUCGGGAAUGAAAUGUACCGCUGCCUCCGUAUCCUCCGCCGACUCCUCCGACAGCAACAGGAAGUUCUGCCCAAGGUGCCGUGCUCAGUUCCGUGUGACGGAGGCGCUCAGAGGCCAUAUGUGUUACUGCUGCCCAGACCUUCUGGAUUUCUCUAAUAAGAGCAAGGAAUCGGAGCUGCCCUCACAGACCACCCAAGCGAUCUGCACUGACAAAAUUAUAUCGGCAGCCACUCCCUCAUCCACCACUCCUUCCACAACGGCGCCCCCCGCGGGCAAGGGGCAGGAAUCUUCUCAGGAGGAAGGCAUGCAGGGCAAGCUCAUCAUGCUGGUGGAUGACUUCUACUACGGGCGGGAUGUUGGGAACACCUACCAGAUGCAGUCCUAUCCCAAAGUGGCCACGACGUUCCGCUGCCCGCACUGUACCAAGAGGCUAAAAAAUAAUAUACGGUUCAUGAACCACAUGAAACAUCACGUGGAGUUGGACCAACAGAACGGUGAGGUGGACGGGCACACCACGUGCCAACACUGCUACAGGCAGUUCUCCACCCCCUUCCAGCUGCAGUGCCACCUGGAAAACGUGCACAGCUCGUACGAAUCCACAACCAAGUGCAAGAUCUGCGAGUGGGCGUUUGACAGCGAGCCCCUAUUCCUGCAGCACAUGAAGGACACGCACAAACCCGGCGAGAUGCCCUACGUGUGCCAGGUCUGCCAGUACCGAUCCUCCAUUUACGCCGAGGUGGACACGCAUUUCCGGCUGAACCACGAGGACACGCGCUACCUGAUGUGCGUCUAUUGCCUGAAGGUGUUUAAGAACGGAAACGCCUUCCAGCAGCACUUCAUGCGCCACCAGAAGAGCGUCUAUCACUGCAACAAGUGCCGCCUACAGUUCCUCUUCGCAAAGGACAAGAUCGAGCACAAACUGCAGCAUCACAAAACCUUCCGUAAGCCCAGGCAGCUGGAGGGGCUCAAACCCGGGACAAAGGUUACAAUCCGGGCAUCGAGGGCACCGUCACGGUCCCUUCCUGUAUCGUCGGCAGACACCACGUCGAUGCCCUUAGUGGACAUGGACACGGACUCGCUGGCCGACUCGCUGUAUUCCAUGCAGUACAAGCGCACGGUGAAGAAGACGUCUGAGAAUCUCUCCAACAUCCACACCAAAAGACCACCCUAUGGCAGGCAGUCGUGCCUGGAGUGCAGCUUGGACAUCACUGACUUCCAGAACCACUUCCCCACCUACGUGCACUGCUCCCUGUGCCGCUAUAGUACCUGCUGUUCCCGGGCGUACGCCAACCACAUGAUCAAUAACCACGUGCCGAGGAAAAGCCCCAAAUACCUGGCCCUCUUUAAAAGCUGCAAACCCAGUAGCGUUGUGGCACUUACCUGCUCGUCGUGUCCGUUUGUCACUCGGAUCGGGGACGCGAUGGCCAAGCACCUGGUGUUUAACCCGGCUCACUCCUACUGUAACGUCAUUUACCCCGGUUCAUCCUCAAGCUGCUUUUUAAGGAUGGCGUCGAAAACCCAAGAGGACGAUGUCCGGAGCUACAGGACCGCAGUCGCCACUGUCGGCACCAGCGAGAAGGUGUCGGAGGAGGCGCUCCCUGUAUCCGAGGCUCCCAGCCUGGAGGAGGUCAAUCACACUAUCAAUGUGGAGGAACUGGAGGAGGAGCUGGAGGAGAAGCCAGAUGAAGCGGAGGCCGGAGAGCAGGAAGCUCAGAAUAAGCAGGAGCAGCUGAGCGUGAAGAAAUUGCGUGUGGUUCUGUUUGCGCUGUGCUGCAACAUCCAGCAGGCCGCUGAGCACUUCCACAACUCCCCGCAGCGAAUCCGGCGCUGGUUGCAGAGGUUCCAGACGUUUCAGGAGGAGAACCAGGACAACCUUUCGGAGGGCAAAUACCUAGGGGCAGAGGCAGAGGAGAAACUGGCAGAGUGGGUGCUCGCCCAGAGAGAGCAGCAGCAGCCAGUGAACGAAGAGACCCUCUUCCAAAAGGCCACCAAGAUCGGGCGGUCCCUGGAAGGGGGCUUCAAGAUCUCCUACGAGUGGGCGGUGAGGUUCAUGCUGCGGCACAACCUGAGCACCCACUCCAAAGUGGCUGUGGCACAUCCGCUCCCCAAGGAGAUGGAGUCCAACUCCAAGACUUUUAUUGAGUUCGUCCAGCGCCAGAUUCACAGCCAGGACCUGCCGCUGUCCAUGAUCGCUGCCGUCGAUGAGAUCUCGCUCUUCCUUGACCUGGAGGUGCUGGGCAGCGAUGAGCGGAAGGAGAACGCUCUGCAAACGGUAGGGACCGGGGAGCCCUGGUGCGACGUGGUGGUCACCAUCUUGGCCGACGGGAGUCUUCUGCCCACUUUGGUGUUCACACGGAGCAGCAGCUCGGGGGAGGUCCCCGAAUCCAUCAUCCUGGAGGCCAGAGAGGACGGUUACACGGACGACGAAAUCGUAGAACUUUGGUCCUCGCGGGUUUGGCAGAAGCACGCGGAGUGUCCGAACAACAAAGGCAUGGCGGUGGUGGACUGCCACCGAACGCACCUCUCCGAGGAAGUCCUGUCUAUCAUGAGUUCCACCUGCACCUUGCCGGCCAUAGUGCCCUCCGGCUGCAGCUCCAAAAUACAACCGCUCGACGUCUGCAUCAAAAGGGCCGUGAAAAACUUUUUGCAUAAGAAGUGGCGGGAGCAGGCCCGGGAGAUGGCCGAGGCCACCUGUGACUCCGACAUCCUCUUGCAGCUCGUUCUGUGUUGGCUGGCCGAGGUCCUGGAGGUCAUCACCGAGCACCCAGAGCUGGUCCAGCAGUCCUUCCUGGUGGCCAGUGUCCUCCCGGGACCCGACGGCAUCGCCAACACGUCCAAGCGCAACGCCGAGAUGCAGGAGGAGCUCAUCAACUUGCUGGAGGAGCAGCUCAAACUGGGCGUCGGCGAGCAGGACGACGACACGGACCAAUGCAACGACAGCCAGCCGGAAGAGUACACCGACCCGGAAGUGCUCCAGCAGCUCUUCGAGGGCGAGAGCGACACGGAAUCUUUCUAUGGAUUUGACGAGACCGAAUUAGAGCCCAUGUGAUCUCAAACUUUUAUGCCCCUCCCCCCCAAAUUGUAUGAUGUUGGGUUUAAUGCAUUCCGUGUCCCGCUCGGGGCGUAGGAAUUAGUUACACCGCAUUAUUAGCAUUUAUUACUUUUAUCAUUUUUAAUCAUGGUUUUUCCUGCACAGGAGAAAUAUGGUGACUUCAGUUGUGCCCCCUAAAGAUCCGAUGCCCCCCAAAGAUCCGAUGCCCAAGCCCUGUCACUACCAUGUUCCCUAUACUGCCCCGUAUUUGCCCUUCUUUGCCAGUUCUGUCCCUUCACGUUUCCCCGGAGUCGGACAGAACGAGGGCAGAGACCGCAGCACCGCAGUUCUAAACUGGUUCCGUCCCGUAGGGUGGGUUCAAUAUCGAUCCAGUCCAGUUGGGGGUUUUGUACAUAGUCACAUAAGUUAUGGGUGAGACUUGCUCCCCUUAUCAAAAGCCCCCACCCUUUCCCAGUACAGUUACUGCAAGGGAUGCUGGGACACAAGAGGAACCAGUCUUGGCCCAUACACAUAUAUAUUCUCUGCCUUCGGAACCAGGUCCGGACCCUCAGCCGGGCACGUGCAUGUUCUUGGAGAGAGUUUUUUUUGUUUUUAUGUUUUUGUUUUUUUUACCCCCAGCUUUACAGCAGACAUUUAUCCCUAAUAAUAAAUUCUCAAAAUGGCGGAUUGGGGCCCAGAGAGCUGCAGGGACCGGGGCGUGUAUAGGACAAACCAUAGAGGUGUAUAUAAGCGCAACACAGAGUAUAGACGGGCCGGCGGCAGAUCUGUGUUUUUUAUUAGGUUCAGAUGUGAUUUUUGUUUUUUUUUUUUUUAAUAUAAAAAGUGUUCUGUUAACCAUUUCCCUGCUGUAUGUUUUCUGAUUUUUAAAGGCUCGGUACUAUAAUAAAAGUUUUAUGUGAAACCAAA